GCAACAAUAUUUACCCCCUACACCAGGGCUAUUCAAAUCCAGGCCUCGAGGGCCGGUAUCCAGCACGUUUUGGUUUUACUCUGCUUCAGCACACCUGAUUUCUAUCAGCAGGUAAUUAACAGAGCCUGAUGAACUGCUGCACAGGUGAUUCAACCACUGAAUCAGGUGUGUUGGACCAGAGAAACCACUAAAACGUGCUGGAUAUCGGCCCUCGAGGCCUGGAUUUGAAUAGCCCUGCCCUACACGGUCGACUUUAAAAAAAAUUAAGUCAUGCAGCCCCUAGUGUGUGUGGGGUUGUCGUGUCUCCUGCAAGCUAAUGCUGCAGCUCCGACAAUUUUAGUUUGACGACGGCCGGAAAAAAGCUCCACAGUUGUUUCAGUAACCAAAUUUUACCACAGGAUGUCAUUUUUACUCCAUUUAAACAUAAUGCACCUUUAACUGCAACAACAACAAAAAAAAUAACACAUUAAUGUUUAUAUUCUGCAUUUGAGUUUGCUGCCCUCACAUUCAAUGAACAAAAAUUAUAAUCUGGAAGAAGUAUUUUGUUACAAUUUUUGCAUGAACUAUACACACACUCAUUUGUCAUUAUUGUUCAUUCAGUUGAGUAAAAUUUAAAUACAUUUGCAAUAGAAAAUUGGAAGUAACAUCCACUGGUUGACUGUGCCAAAGGUCCCUCCCCUCUACGCUGAGACUAAGAGCUACUCCCAUAUCUUUUUCACUGUUUUACUUUUCCUCCACCCUGAUGAGGCAAAGCAUUCCGGACUUUGACGGUCUGAACAUUUGCCAUGGGAUCCACCAACAUUCCUGUGACAGAACAGGAAGAUAAUCCUCAAGAACCCUUGAGGAUCAUGCUUCUUGGGAAAAGUGGAGCAGGCAAGAGUUCAAGUGGGAACACCAUCCUAAAUAAAACUGUGUUUACAUCUGACAUGAAGCUGAAGAGAGUCACGGUUGACUGUGAAAAGGAGGUUGGGAUGGCUGAGGACACGCCUGUCGCUGUCAUCGACACACCUGGGCUUUUUGAGCAGGACCGAGACAAAGAGGUCAUUAUUCGAGAGAUUCUGAAGCGCGUGAAGCUGCAGGAGCCAGGCCCUCAUGUCUUUGUGUUUGUGGUUCCUCUGGGAAGGAUGACGCAGGAGGACCAACACACCCACAAGUUGAUCGAAGCCAGGUUUGGCCCCCGAGUGUGGGACUACACCAUCGUCCUGUUCACCCACGGAGACCGCCUGGAAGGUAAAACUAUAAAUGACGUCAUCACGGAAAGUGACGAAAACCUCCGCAGCUUCUUACGUAAGUGUAGUGGUGGCUUCCACGUCUUCAACAACAAAAACUCCGAGGACCAGACGCAGGUGGUGCACUUAAUGGAGAAGAUCCAGACCCUGGUGGCCUUGAAUGGAGGCGGUCACUACCACGCCCAGCUUUAUCCACAUCAGGAGAGGCUGAUCAGGGAGAGACAGCUGAGCAUCCUGGCAGAGAGAAGUGAAGCUAUCAAUACCAAAGAGAGGGACCUCCAGAAUCAUCACCAGGGAGAGGAACUCAACAUGAAGAUCCGUGAGCUUUGGAGAAAAGAGGAAGAGAACGCCAGAAGAGCUGCAGAGAAAAAGUUUAGAAACAACAAGAUUCUGUCUUUCAUCCUGAUUCUGGCGUUUGUGGCUGUGGUGUUUGGCUUUGCUCUAAAUGUUCCAGCUGAAUACCUGAUACCACUUACAGUCAUUUGGAUCGGGAUGUUCUUCUUGAGUUUCUCUAAAUGAAAUAUCCAAGUUUUCAAGGAAAAAAUUACCCAGAGUGCUGCGCAGUUACGAUCCAAUUGUUGCCAGUGGAUAAACAAGUGUCAUGUUUCUUAUGAACUUAUUUUCUGUAGUCAUAGAUGAUUUAUUUUAAAUUUCUGUCUGUCAUGGAGACAUGACUUUACAUUUGGGUCACUACAGGAGAGCAUGCAACUUGGAAAGUAAUACAUGUUAGCAUUGAAUGACCAUUGUCCAGACAUUUUGCUGCUCAUCUAAUAAUUAAACUCAUGUUGAUAAUGUAAUAAAACUCAUAAUUAUGUUUGUUUUAUAAUAAAAAUAUUAAUUCCACCACAUUAAAAAAACUGAUGGGAUUGGUUGAGCCCAGGUUUUGUUUACACAUGUGACACAUACCUUAUGGUAUACUUACAAUAACACGUUUGUUUUGUUGAAUAGACUACGUAUAUUUUGGUAGGAGAUUACGUAUCUAACUACUAACUAAAUCACACAAUAUUGCAGACUAUUCAUUUAUUUCCUAAGAGCAUCUUUGUCAAGUACACAAGAAAGUACUAGCAUCCAUGGGUACUACGGCCCUAGUAAAAAACCU